GUCGCUGGCAGCUGCUGUCUAAUCUGCAGAUGAGACGGUCUCUUCGUCCGACAUUUAGGCAGCGCUCGAUGGGAUGUAUCCCGAUGGCGUAUGUAUCCCGAUGGCGCCAAGCGUUUUAUAUGCUUGGCUUGUCGUUUUCGGGUGGUCUAUGAUGGCCAGGACAUGUUUGUGUGUCUUACUUGCUGCCAUACGUGGCAGGUGACGACUCUCACGCUCCUGCGUCUGUCACGGAUACUCUCGGUCCGCUGGAAGGCAGUGCCCCAUGUCCUGCCUCGCGCCAAGAUGACCUUCUCAAGCUACACUGUCUAGAUCCCUCGCCCUCGAAGCGACUCAGGAUCUCAGGCUAUAUCUAUUGCAUCUGCGCGGAGGAUUUGGCGGACUGGUACUCUUGUCUGCCCUAACACGCGGUCUUCUGGGCC